GUUUUAUAUAUAUAUCUCUAGGCGUCUAUACAGUCAUAUGCAGGCCAUAGAUGGGUCGAAAAUCGGCCGAUUUUUCGGCAGAAAAUGAAAUCGGCCGAUUUUCGGAUCGUUAGUGGGCUAUUUGUUCGGCCGUUUUUCGGGAUUUUGGCCGUUUUUUUUAAUUGGGAAAGUUGGAAAAAAAUCCGCCGAUCGGCCGAUUUUUGCGGCAAUAAUGGGCUAAUCGGCCGAUUUUUUACCGAUAAAAAAUCUGCGCAUGAGCAGUGA